AUGGAGGCUUAUUCUCACAACCACUCACCAGACGUGCCCGACCGAGGGCCCGCCGUCUUCGUCGUCACCACGGUGACAAUAUGCUUGGCUACCCUCUUCGUCGUUGCUCGAAUGGUGUCUCGUAUCGGAAUCGUACGCAGAGUCGGAUGGGAUGACUACAUCAUCAUCCUUGCCUGGCUCAUCUCCCUGGCCCUAUCCAUCACCAUUGACAUGGCCACGAGGCGUGGUCUAGGUCGUCAUGACGUGGAUAUUCACCCUCAGCACCGGCCAGGAUUGAGGAUGUGCGAAUAUAAUCCGGCCCUUAUGGCUACCAAGACGUCCAUCCUCGUCUUCUACCUUCGCCUGGCCAAGAACACGCAAAAGGUCCUUCGGAUGGCCUCCUGGGCCGUCCUAGUGAUUGUGAACGUUGCUGGAACCAUCCUCACUUUCAUGAACAUCUUUCAGUGCAGCCCGCUGCGAGCUGCUUGGGACAUUACGGUCGAGUCGGCCCAGUGUUUGCCGUUGUUGACCGAGUUUAUAUGCUCGGCCCCCGUGAACAUCGUUACCGAUCUAGCUAUCUUGGCUCUCCCUAUUCCCGUGCUCACCGGCAUGCGUCUCCCCCCGAGACAAAAGACGAUUCUGAUCCUUACCUUUACUCUUGGUAUCUUUGUGUCGAUCGUCGACGUCGUCAGGAUCUACUACCUCCAGCAGGCCGUGGGUAUAGUAUCCAUGAACUUUUCAGACGACCCCAGCGCAAUCUACGGUCAGAGUGUGAAUUUCCCCUGGAACGCAUCAUUCUCUUUGAUGUGGUCGGCUGUCGAGGUCAACGUCGGCAUCAUCUGCGCCUGCAUCCCGACCCUGAAACCCUUGAUUAUCCGAAUCCUUCCUGCCAUGAUCAUCGACCCCGACGGAACUCGCAGUAGCACCCGGCAUAGGGACGCCGCCUUCAAGCGGGACAACUCGGACAGCAGCCAACCCGUUACCUCGUCGACGCUGAGCGACUCCCACGCAAGCGCCCCACAAGCCCCAGAGCAGGUCCGUCUACAAAAUGACCGACUGUCCGACGAGAUCUCCAUCAGAGACUUUUUGGCAGCAUCAGCCACCAACGAAAUCCCUGCAUUCGAAGGCAGGACGCCCACCUUCCCGGAUCGACGAAGGUUUUCUUCAGCCCAAGAGAACUCCAUCUACUUUGGAUUCGUGGAAAUGAAGAAGCCAAAGAGCAUGGUCAAAUCUUCGGUAUCGGAAUCACUCAAGUACUGCACCAUCGUCAGCAUCCUUUUCUUCCUCUGGGGCUUCUCGUAUGGCCUUCUUAACACUCUCAACAAUGUCGUGGCAAACGUGGCUCACAUGAGCACGGCACAAGCUUUGGGCUUGACAAGCGUCUACUUUGGUGGUGGGUACCUCCUUGGACCUCUUCUCGUCGGAGGCUGGCUGCUCUGCCACGACGAACAUCGCCGGUUCAGAAGGAGACGACGUGGCGAUAUCGAACCCAUUGGUGGCUUCAAGGCUACCUUCAUUGUGGGUAUGCUCAUCUACGGCGUCGGAACCAUCAUGUUUUGGCCGUGUGCCGUCCUCUCGGCCUAUGGCGGGUUUAUGGCCAGUAGCUUUGUUGUUGGGUUCGGACUGGCCGUCUUGGAAACCGCCGCCAACCCCUUUCUUGUGCUCUGCGGACCACCCGAAUAUGCCGAUAUGCGACUGCUCCUAGCUCAGGGCGUACAAGCCGUCGGAGCCGUCCUGAGUGGUGUGCUCGCUAACAACGUCUUCUUCCACAAAAUCGAAGAACGAAAACACAGUCCCACUACUUUGCUCGACGUCCAAUGGACCUACCUCACCAUCACCCUCCUCUGCGUACUACUCGCACUCUUCUUUUACUAUUCCCCCUUACCCGAAGUAACCGACCGCGAACUCGGCCGGCUCUCCGAACGCCUCCCCGUCGAACCCAAGAAACGCUCCAUUGGCGGUGUGUCGCUACGAACGUGGUGCAUCCUUCUCGCCGUCUUCUCCCAAUGGUUCUACGUCGCCGCCCAAGAAAACAUGUCCGUCUUCUUCACUCGCCUCAUGACCACCUUCUCCCCAACGCACGAGCCCUACCCAAACUCGCGGCCUGAAGGAUUCGAAAUAAGGACACUCAACUACCUCGUCGUGUCACAUACCGCCUUUGCCAUCUCCCGCUUCAUCGCCGCCUACCUUUGCUAUUUACAUGUGAAGCGCGGGCCCACAAGCCGCUUCAUCCCAACCCCGCGCACGAUCCUCAGCAUCUGCGCCGCCCUGGCAACAGUCUUCAUCUUGGUGACUGUCGUCUACAAACCCGCCUCCAACCCCAACCUCAUGGCCAUCCCCAUCAUCCUCUUCUUCUUCUUUGAAGGCCCCAUCUGGCCACUCAUCUUCUCCCUCGGCAUGCGCGGCCAAGGAAAGAGAACGAAGCAAACAGCCGCUUGGCUCACAAUGGGCGGCUCCGGUCCGGCUUUUUGGCCUUUUGUCUCGUACGCUAUUUUGCAAAGAGGCGCAAGCAUCCAGACCUCUUUCAUCAUCGUCGUCAUUCUCAUGGCCAUGACCAUGGUCUACCCCCUUUUCCUCACCUUUGUUCGAGACGCGAGAGAAAUGUCUGAUCAUGUCAUGGACACCGCUGCGCAGAAAAGACGGCGAAGCGGGGAUGUUGAAGACGGUGGUGGUGGUCUGGGCGGAUUAGGAGGAAGGGGAGUAUUCCUUUCCGAGCGCAGAGGCAGCGAAACCCCAAUGACGCUUGACCAAAUCAUUGCCCAACGCCAAAGAGAAAGAGUCGAAGCUGCACAGAAGGCGGCAAGAGCGGAGAAUGGAGGAAUGCUCAAGAGGUUAUCGCGGAGUAUGGGGAUCGGCGCUGAGGAGACCCCUGAUGAGAAUAUUAAGAAUGAGAAGAGGAGGUCUCAGCAGCAGCAACAGCAGGGUCAGGGACAGAUGCAACAACAUUUGCAGCCAGAGAUGCAGUAUGAGAAACAGUCAGGGAAGAAGACUAGUGGUGAAGAUGAACCUCCUCGGAAGGAUGGGGAAAGUGAAGAAGAUCCUAUGAACGGAGCGGACGAGGCGAGGCACCCGAAUCCACCGGCUCCAGAGACUCCGGAAUGGGAAAGGCAGACAGCACCUUGGGACCUUCCGCAGUUACAGCUGGAUACGCGAAUUUUGGAGGAUUGAAGAAGAGAAAGUCGAAAGAGAGAUAUCUGAUACCCUUAUGAUU